AUGGAGGCUUUCAUUUUCCUUCCCUUCCUAUUCUUAGCCAUAUUCUCAGUAUCUUCAGCCCAGCCAUUGAAAACAAGUGUUUAUAAACUAGAAGAGAGUGGAGAACCUGCACUUAUUCUAGAGAGAAAAAAUGAAGCUGCCCAUCAAGGAGGACAAAUAGAAUCUAAUAAGCAAAGAGGUAGCAACACACAUGGAAAACCAGGGACAUUUAGUCUACAAGGACAGCCAGGGCAUUCUAACCAGCCAAAGAAACCAGGGAAUUUUAAUCAGCAAGGGAGGACAGGAGUUUUCAAUCAGCCUGAGAGUCUGCAAGGGAAUUCAGGACAAUAUAACCAAAAAGAGAAUCCAGAAGUUACUAACGAGAAAGGAAAACCAGGAUCUUCCAACCAGCAAGGGAAGCCAGGAUCUUCCAACCAGCAAGGGGGCCCAGGGUCAACCGGCCAGCAAGGGGGCCCAGGGUCAGCCGGCCAGCAAGGGGGCCCAGGGUCAGCCGGCCAGCAAGGGGGCCCAGGGUCAGCCGGCCAGCAAGGGGGUCCAGGGUCAACCAGCCAGCAAGGGAAGCCAGGAUCUUCUGGCCAGCAAGGGAAGCCAGGGUCAGCCGGCCAGCAAGGGGGCCCAGGGUCAGCCGGCCAGCAAGGGGGCCCAGGGUCAGCCGGCCAGCAAGGGAAGCCAGGAUCUUCUGGCCAGCAAGGGAAGCCAGGGUCAGCCGGCCAGCAAGGGGGCCCAGGGUCAGCCGGCCAGCAAGGGGGCCCAGGGUCAGCCGGCCAGCAAGGGGGCCCAGGGUCAGCCAGCCAGCAAGGGAAGCCAGGAUCUUCUGGCCAGCAAGGGAAGCCAGGGUCACAUAGCCAAAAAGGAAAGCCAGGAUUAUCUAGCCAACAAGGGAAAUCAAGGUCUUUCUACAAUCAAGAAGAAAGAAAAAAUGGAGGGAACCCUUUGAAUGGCAAUAUAAUGGAGAUUCAGACUGGCAGUACCAGCGAUAAGAACCCGACUGGAAACACAAAAUGUCAACCUGGCUACAAACCGGUCUGUGGUUCUGAUGGAAAAACCUAUGGUAACCACUGCAUAUUUAACGAAGCAAAAAGGGGCAGCUGGGGCUCACCCUGGGGACGUCGACCCCGGCAGCAGCCAUUCCUGGGAGGUCCAGUGCUGGCGGGCGCCACUGUGGAACUCUCCAUUAGCUCAUUAGCGCCAGAACCUGGCCCACCCAACAGCCUGGAGGCACCAGUACUGGGACGCCACAAGCCAAGCAACUAUCUGGAUGAGGCUACGUCCCCACCCAUCAGCAGACAGGCAGCCUAA